AUGCUUCUGCUACACAACGGUAACAGAUAUUCUCUUUGGAGACACUGCCCUACGAAUCUUUGCGCAGUGAAUCUAUCCGGACAGACCAAUGACACGAGAGGAGCCAAACUCAAUUGGUGAUGGAGGGGUGCACUCCCGUGUUCCAAAUUUCUGGGAUCAAAAAUCGUGACAAGAAGAGAGCAUUGCUCCGGGGAAUUCAUCAAUUGGGUGGGAAAUAUGUUGGGAGUUCUGUUUACCAAAAUGCUUGUACCCAUUUAAUAAUCCCUCAAGUUUUGGCCAGUGAGAAAUUUCUAGCUUUUUGUGCUGCAGGAAAGUGGGUUGUCACUCCAAACUAUGUUCUGGACAGUGUUAGGAAUAGUUCCUGGCUCCCAGAGGGGCCCUAUGAGGUGGCCGUUCCCACAGAUCCCAUGUCUGCCUUCUAUCCCGUUAGACAAUGGCGGGAGAAGGUGACGAGUGGGGCAAUAACAGGGGCCUUCCAAGGCUGGCGGGUUCUUCUCAUGGUCCAAGAUUCAUCCCGUUUAGUCAUGUUCAAACGGCUGUUGGAAGCUGGUAGCGCCACAGUAUACAGCAAUCCUCCUCCCGUUCACGCCUCCAUCACUCACGUCAUAGCCAAGCCCUUCACGCCGGAAGCAAUUUCCCACAAUGCUCCUUGUUUCCCUGUAAGCCACAUCGUCCAGUACCUUUUUGGGAGCAAUUCUCUUCACAUGAAGUUCAACGUAACGGAUGAUAAUAAUGACACAACGGAGCCCAGUGUUGUUGAUGUUGACUUUUCUCAACUGGAGGCAGACCUCAGGGAGCACGCCAUCAAACAGGAGAGCCACCCAAGACUGCUCUUCCUUGAAUUUCUUGAUAACCACGACCCCCAUCAGCCUCUGUCACAGGCAACUGAAACGGACUUCAGCAACAUUAGCACCAUGAUAGAGUGCGGCCUCUUCAUUGAAGCAUUGGACACAAUUCGAAGUGCGUUGUUCCCGGGGAUUCUGCCACCAGCACCAUACCUGGUGUCUCUGAUUGAUUACGCACAGCAGGGUAGCGCCACAACUAUCUUCCUAAGUAGCUUCCGACAAAUCAUGCACAGGUUGCUCAUUACCAACCCUCCCUGGCUGUCUCCCACCAACGCGAAGAAGUAUUACUGUUGCGUGUUGCAGUGCCCUCGCUGCAAGAUGGGCCCGUGGCCUUUUCUCGAGACAGCCAUAAGUUACUGCCUGUCAAGUGAGGCCACUUGUCACCAGCUCCCUGGGCCGGCACUGCCAACUCUCUUACACUUCCACAGUGAUGUGGUGGCAUUUUUUCUCAAGCUCUUCCAAGGGGAACUGCACUCCAUCAACACGGGAGAUUUCAGGCAGCUUCCAGAACCAGGAGACUAUCAGGGAUCCACAUCAGGUUCGUUACUCCAUGGAACCUUCUGGACUGUGUGGGAACGUUCAACUCUUUUGUCGCACGCCGUAAAAAAGCUCGUCCAGCUCACGAUGCAGGCCGCCUCUGAGGCCCACACUGACGGCGACAAGAAGCACACAACGCAUCUGCUCGCCAUCCUACUGGACCUUCUUUCGGUGUUGGUGGAGUUUUGGUGUACACAGCACUUCAAACUAAACCAGAAGCUUGUGGAAAAUGGACUGAAAGACCUAGCAGAGCACUUUGCCAUCACAAGCCAAUAUCUGUCUCCAGUAGUCUUAACUGAGAUGGUUGCCAGAAUUUCAUCAACCAGGCUUAAACUGGUAUUGGUGGAUGCAAUAUUCAGGAAUAUCUGCUGCAAAAAUGGAAUUAGAAUGGGUGGCGGACCUCUCUCUUUCAAGAAAGUGGUGCUGUCCUAUCUGCCUGCGCUGGGCCUCUUAGCUCAGAGUCACAGCUGGACACAGAGCACUACCAACAACUGUGUGAGCCUGGACACCAACAGCGGAACUCUGAGCCCAGUGGAGAAUGAAUCUGAGAAAGAAUGCAUCCCAAGAGGCCUCCACAAAGUUAAUGCAGCAGGCGAGACCCUCCUCCACAGAGCAUGCAAGAGGAAUCAAGUGGAAACGGUACUUCACAUUCUGGCAUGCCCUGGCAUCGACGUCAAUGUUCAAGACCACGUCGGCUGGACACCUUUGCAUGAAGCAUGUAACAAUGGCAGCACUGCAUGCGUGGAGGCUUUGUUACAUCACCGGCCUCCCCCUGUCAUUAAUUGUGUGGUGGAGGGGGUCAGCCCUCUGCACGAUGCCCUGCUCAACGGACACAUGGACAUCGCCAAAAUGCUUCUGGAGGCCGCAGGUUCUGAACUCCUCCAUCAAACAGACGAAAAGGGCCGCACGGCGCUGGAGCUCGUCACCGACAUACAUUGGAGGGCGGCGCUUAUCCGAAGCGCACAAGCGGGCGACUCCAGCCUGAAUUCCACAAAGGUGUUGAACCACACCCUCCUGGAGGCGGGGUCAUGUAUGCUGGCGCAUCUCAUCGUAUGCUAUAAGCGAGAGAAGAGGCCGCCGGGCUGCGAGCAUCCCACCGACGUAGUAGGGCGCACGCUGGCACGCGCCCUGGAGGCGCACUCCUUUCCAAGAGUGACGCUGGGCUGGACGGACCAGCGAGCGUUAAGCAUUGCGGGCGACACCGAGACUCUGCUGGAGAUGGCCAGAGGGAUGCACUGGGCACACGUCUGCAAAGUGGUGAAGGCGUCCAAAGGAGAGAAUGUGGUGCUCCUCUUGCAGAUGCUGGAAAUUCUGCAAUCUGAAGGAAAAAUACUCCUGGCUGAGAUAAACCCGCUGAGGUAAAAAGAUAUAGGUAUAUUGAGAUGGUAUAUUUUGGCACACGUUUCAUAAUCUUGUGCUCCCAUCAUUUUUCAAACCUGAGACUUUUGUUAGUGAUAAUACAGCAGCACGUACAAGUAAAACUGGGGUUAUUUAUUUUUGAAUAGAAAAUAUUUAUUCACUGUUGCUUCCUCAAGCUAAUUUUUUUCAGCUUUGCACAUUCAACUUAGAUGUUUUUUGAAUUUCGCAAUAAAAUAAAAUUAAUUUCUGACCUCAAUAACGCAUCUCAAUGCAUUUGUACAUAAUCUAUGGAAAUAAACUUUCUAUAGUUCAAUUCAAAGAAUUCAAAGAGGUAUUAGAUUAAUUAAACACGGGAAAAAGUUCCCACCUGAUAUCUGUAUUAUUUCCUUCUACAUUGUCAAAUUUGAGUUUUCGUAGCGACAAGCUGCAAUCAGCAAAAUUAUCAUAAAAUAUUGAAAUAUUUGCUUUGUUGUCCUAGCAGCAUACACGAUUCCUUUCAGUAUACGGUAUUUUGCCAAUCUAAUUCAAUCCAUGAGAGGAGCCGUUUAAUGGGGGUGUGGGGGAACACAUUUGCAUAAUUCAGCCCUAGCAAAGAUAAUAACAAAUUUAUUACCAUGUUUUUUUUUUCUUCAUCAACAUACAUCAGAUGCAAUCCAUUUCCGCGCGAGACAACAAUUGACUAUAGUUGAAGUGAGCCAGCCCACCUGAGCUCCUGCAGUUUUCCCGCGGUCACAUGAUGUCACGGUUGAACGCAUGACGGUGAUGUUCGCAAGGCAGGCACAAACAUUGCAGCCAGACACACAAUUAAAAAGACGUCUUGGAAAAUGAGGCAGGCAUACAGAUACGUACUUUACAGUGAAAAUAGCAGACCAUUCACAAGCAUACAGUAUAAAAUAUAACCAUCAGUUAAUAAGGACUAAGCUAUGUACACAUAGAGUUCAAAAAUAGUCUCCAUUCACAUGGGUGCAAAUGUUUUUUUUUUUUUGUUGUUGGUUUUUUGUUUUUUUUUUUUACAGUCUGAUGAUACAUUCAUUUAUAGCAGGGGUGUCCAAGCGUUAUACUCCGCGGGCCGCAUACAUUCUUCACCUUCGUUAUUCAUUGCGGUGUAUGUGAGCAAAUUAUUUUUUUAUUUAUUUCACAGUUUUAGUUGGGAAACGAGACGAUGGGUUUUUGGUGCGGUGGGAGGCGGGGGGGGUUGGAAAGUACGACAGUGUAAGCAAAAACGACAUGGGUGUAAUCAAAUGUGAAUUUGAAUAUAAACCGCAGCCUGCGCAAUUGGGCCCCGGGUCGAAGUUUGGACACCCCCGAUUUAUAGCUUUGAAAUGCAAAUGACAUGAAACACUUUGGUUUGCUUGCAAAUGUCCAAAAACAGUGUUGUUGUAAACUAAAUACAGAAAUGAGUGGGCACGCCGUUUUGGAACAUGUUAGUAGACAUACAGAAGGUAAAAUGUGGUGUUGCAGAAGGCCCGCUCCACAACCACACUCCCACCCCCCC